AUGUCGACAUGUCGAAGAUUUGGCGGGCUUGCUCGGCUAAAGUUGCCCAUGACCCGGACAAGUGUCCCCGCUCUCGGCCAUCAACAUCUCGGUGUCCUCAGUCACAUCAUGAACGAACUGCGCGAACUGUCCGAGAACAAGAGUGCCGAAAUAGUGGACCUGUCUACUGUACUCAACUACGGAGACAUUCGAGGCAGCGAGAAGUUGCGUUCAAACCUUGCUAGGCUAUAUUCAUCUAGAUCAAGCAACCCCUUGCCCGCGGAGAACAUCUUGAUCCAACCCGGAGCUAUUGCCUCGAAUGCUCUUGUACUAUACACUCUGAUUGGCCCUGGCGAUCAUGUCAUCUGUCACUAUCCCACGUACCAACAGUUGUACGAUUACCCGGCAUCAUUGGGUGCAGAGGUUGAGCUUUGGAAGGCCACGCAAGAGAAGCAAUGGGUUCCCAACUUUGAAGAGCUCAAGGGUAUGAUCAAGUCUAAUACUAAGUUGAUCAUCUUGAACAACCCAAACAACCCCAGCGGCGCUGUUCUUAAGAAGUCGCUGUUGCAAGAAAUCGUUGAAUUGGCCAGGNAGAACAACAUCACUAUCCUCUCGGAUGAGGUGUACAGACCUCUUUUCCACGGCAUCACUCCCGCCGAGAACGAGUUCCCUCCUUCAAUCCUGUCUAUGGGCUACGAGAACACCAUCUGCACAGGUUCUCUUUCAAAAGCCUACUCUCUGGCUGGUAUCAGGACUGGCUGGGUCGCAUCACGAAACCGAGACAUUAUCGAAAAAUGUGCCGAAGCUCGUGAUUAUACCACCAUCAGUGUCGGUAUCUUGGAUCAGCAAGUUGCUGCCUUUGCUCUUGACCAAAACUGCAUACACAGCUUGCUGGGCAGGAACAUCGCUCUUGCACGCACUAACCUAGAGCUGCUGGAAAGAUUUGUCAUCAAGCAUGACGAAUACUGUACCUGGGUCAAGCCGGUGGCAGGCACGACGGCAUUCAUCAAGUUUAGUCGAGACGACAAGCCUAUCGAUGCUAGAGAAUUUUGCAAGCAAUUGCAGGAGAAGACGGGUGUCAUGUUCCUUCCCGGAGACUGCUUUGGCGAGGAGUUCAAGGGCUAUGUCAGGGUUGGAUACGUGAACAGGACGGAAGUUGUAAAGGAAGGGCUCGAGCAGGCGCGACUUUUCAUGCGCAAAGAGUUUGACGAUAUUCCUCUUGCAAGCUAA